GCGGCCAUGCGCAAAUGGAUCCAGAGGAGGGUGUGCUGUGUAGGCUGUAGUCUACAUAAGAUCUCUUCCUACAGGACACACUCACUGCAGACUGCAAAUCACGGGCAGCAGCUGGAGCCUUGACUUUUUAUCCAUCCUUCUGUUUUCAUGCGUAAAACCAAAAUCCACAAUAGUGGUACCUUGGGAUCUCUCCAAACACCCUCCUCCUCCUCCUCCUUCUCCUCCUCUUUAAACCACGGAUGCAGAAACCAGCAGCGAUGCGGCGGCUCUGCUGUUGAACUCUCUGGACCCUUUUCAGUGUUUUUUUCCACCGGUUUUUCAUCCACAAUGAAGCUGAAACCGAACCAGACCAGGACAUACGAUGGCGAUGGUUUCAAGAAACGAGCAGCAUGUCUGUGCUUCAAGAAUGAACGUGAAGAAGAGGUGUUGCUGGUCAGCAGCAGCCGGCACCCGGACCAGUGGAUUGUGCCCGGGGGGGGGAUGGAGCCGGAGGAGGAGCCGUGUGGAGCCGCAGUGCGCGAGGUGUUCGAGGAGGCCGGUGUGAAGGGCCAGCUAGGACGUCUGCUGGGAGUAUUUGAGCAGAACCUGGACAGGAAGCACCGGACGUACGUUUACGUGUUGACCGUCACCGAGACCCUGGAGGCCUGGGAGGACUCCGUCAACAUCGGCCGGAAGCGGGAGUGGUUCACGGUGGACGAGGCCAUCAGAGUGCUGCAGAGCCACAAACCGGUGCACGCAGACUACCUGCGCCGGCUCCAGCUCAGCUGCUCCCCCACCAACGGGAACUCCAUCCUCCCGGGACCCCCCCCAAACGACAACUACCCCCAUUACAGCGCCACGGCAACCACGCCCUCGACGGGCAGCGUGCUGGGCUCCUCCUGCAGAUAGGACUGAGCUUCCUGUCACUCAAAACGCCUGUACAGUCUUGCAUGAAUCUAAAUGACUCUUUCCUUUACCGUAUAACUUGUAGUCGUAGCUGCAGGACAGACCAAAGCCAUCACCAGAACUGAUUCAGUCUCGCGUGACGGAGCAGGAAAACUGUGGAUAUCUCAAGAACACUUUUUUUUGCUGGAAACACCACACUCUGCUGGAGUUACUGAGCUGUCGAAGGAAUGCCUUACACAGAAUCUGUAUGAAUGUUGUCUUUGGGUCAUUUUAAAUCACCGACGUCGUUUUUUUUGUUGCAGAAUGGAUAUGCUUUCUAGUCAAUAAAAGGGGUAAGUGACCCUAAAGCCAUGUCCAUGUAGGGAAUGUUUCCAUAUUCUCAACCAAUGAGGACAUAGGGAUAUAUCAUAUUCACAUUACACUACAAAAAGGGAUUUUCUUUACACCAUGUCAGCAUUAAUUAUCCAAAUGGUCCUAAAAUUUAAGAUGAGAAAGCCACCACAACAUCUCCUAUCAAAACAUUGGAGGAAUCAGAAGUCCUUUGAUUGUCCCUCAAAGGGGAAAUGUACAUAGAUAAAAAAUAUAUAUAAAUGGCAUGCAUGAAGUAUAUAAAAUCAAAAUGACUACAAUUUAACAGGAGAACACAUUCAGGUAGAUAAGGAAGUGGCAUGGUGGUGAAAAGUAAAUAAUGACAUCAGUGAGUGGAUACCUCGGUAAAGUGAAAACGCUGAGUCAUGUGAUCGAUAUCCUUUAACACUACACUGCUGUGUUCCUGGUUAACAUUCAGCCAAUGUCUCGUGACGUUAGCAUUAACCUUGUGUUACCGUUGCCAUGCUGUCACAGUGGAAGUAUUUAAAGGUACAUCUCUACGUGCUUUUAGGGUCAUCGAUUCUAUUCAAAUGUGCUAAUUAAAGAAUUGGAUUGUCUUUCAAUGAAGAUGAUCUGAAGUGAAUUGCUCUAUCUAUCACUAUGAAGCUGUUAUAUCACGUCUCAUGGUGUUAUAAGGUGAUAUCAGACCACAAAAUAACAUUUUCCCUGUACAAUAUGAUUGUUGUUUUGCUUGUAACUAGGAUUACUUGCGCCUCGGCUGCAACUACCAAGUAUUUUCAUUAUUUCAAAGUGAAAACACAGCUAUCACUGGUUCAAAAUGUAGAAGUAAUGCAUUUUAUAUCAAUAGAAAGUCAUGUUUUUUUGGUACUGCCUGAACAAGUGCAAUUCUGGGUGCUCAAUUAAAGGCAUAAAAUGAUCCUUUGAACGUUUUCGAACCUACUUUUUCAUCAAAAAGACAGAAAUCCAAAUCCGAAAUGGCUCAAAUUGGCGGUUAAAAGUCCCAUUUCAGGUCAUUAUUUUGUGUUUUGUAUAUUUUUCACACAUAUCGUCGCUGAAAAAGAGACUCUCACUCCCUCUUGUGUCGACGGCUGAAUGACGACUCUAGAGAUUUGUAAAUAGCUUUGCAGAGAAACAUUGAAAGUGUUUUUAACCUGAAUGUACCUGUAAAAUGUCUCUUAAUAUUUUAUAUAUUUUUUAACUAUGUGUAGGAGAAAACAAGCGAGAGCGGUGUGUACAGAAUAUUUGUAUUGCUGACAAUGUGCCAAGGGUUUAACUGUGAAGGAGACAUGGCAAAAUUCACAAGUUUGUCAGGAUGGUAUAUAAACAUUAGAUCGGCCAAAAAAUUAACAACUGAAUCUUUAAAAUUUUAGAGAUUUGGGGGUAAAGAAAAUAUUUUUUUUAACAGCUGAUUAACUCAAAAACGAAUAUAGGUGUAACAUUAGAUUUUUUUUUACAAUAUAAAAUGAAGUGCAGCUUUUGGUAAAUAAAGUCUGGACAGUAAGGGAAUGCUUAAAACCACAGACACAUUUUGAUGUUACCGUUUAUUCCCACUGUUCAGAAGGAGUGUAACAUAUCUCUUAAGUUUUCUCCAUGCUUCAAAACGUCCCAGAGUUUCGUCGAAUCUGCUUAAAAUCGGACAAAUCUGAUCAACUCUGCCUUGUUCGACUGGUAAAGUCCAAACACCUCAAACCUGUGUGUGUGUGUAAGUGUGUAUUGUGGGUUGAUGAACAUGAAAUACUAUGUGCCAAAAAAAAAUUGUCAGAUGGGAACAUUUUGGAUGUCAAUUUAUACUGACUAUAAUGAUCAAGGUGGAUAAUUCAUGAAAUUACACGAUAUAAUCAUUUCUAAUGUUAAAAAAGUGCAUUUUUUAAUGAUUGACUGCAUCCUUCAUGGUUGAAAUUACAACUAAGGAAGCACUUUUUUUGGUAUUGUGAUUCAACUGAGACCAUCUCACACUACAUUCAACAUUUAAUUUAAACCCAUUAAUCUUCAUAUCUAAUGCUGAAACACCUCCUUCCUCCACCUAUUGGACCCUCUGUUUGAUGCGUGGGUCAUUGGAUGAGUCUUUUAUGAGUAAAGCAUGAGAUUUAAAUUAAAAACACCACGAUGAAAUGUAUGUGCUCAACAAUGUAAGACACCGGCGUCCACUAAAUGUUGGGAUUUGGAUGUCACACGGAUGUAUCCAGAGCGAAGAUUUCUCACUGUUAUCGUCAUGAGUAUUAUGCACAGAGACGUUUAAUGUAAAAGACACGAGGACUGGAACGAUGUUUUUUUUGCGAAAAGAUUGCAUUAAAGGGGAAAAAUCUUGUUGUAACUGUG